GCGGAAGCUGUAAAUGAGAAACGUUACGGCAGCGCCGCGCGGAGCGACAAAACGAGCGAACCUCCUUAACACACGACACACAUAGGUGUGUCACUGACUCGGUCAGCGAUCCCCGCGGCAAUGGCAGGCGGCGAAAUAAUGGUGCUCACGGAUGGAGCUCAAGUUUCUUACAUGGGACAUGACUGUGAGCAGAUCCCAGCCUUUCUAGGAGAGCGGUACGGCCAGCUGGCAAAGCGUCUGGAUCUCAGCUUCAACCAGCUGAGGUCACUAGCAGGUCUCAAGGACUUCUGUGAGUUGGAAGAGCUGAUUGUGGACAACAAUCUCCUGGGGAACAACCUUGAGUUGCCUAGGUUAGCCCACCUUCACACCCUGACCCUCAAUAAGAACAAAAUCACUGACAUUGAAGCCCUCUUGGAGCACUUACAUGAGGUUGCACCUUCCAUGGAAUACCUGAGUUUACUUGGUAACGAGGCAUGUCCAAACCAGCUGGUGAGCAUCGAUAAAGAUGAGGAUGACUACCAGCGCUACAGGUAUUUUGUACUGCAUAAACUGAAAAAGUUGAAGUUCCUCGACAGCAGACAGGUGUCGGACAGGGAGCGCGCGGAGGCAGAGGCCCGUGGCGCUUUCAUGAAGGUGGUGAAGCCCAAGGCUGACACGGAAUCCAGUAACUUGAGAUAUGACCCAGUGCUCACACCAUAUACUCCUUUACCAAAGGGCUCCAGAGAUGCCAAAAAUCACAAAGGGGUUUUUGCCAAGUGCCGCUAUGUUUAUUAUGGAAAACACUCAGAGGGCAACCGAUUCAUUCGAAAUGACCAACUGUGACGAGCUUCUGGAUAUGUGUGGUCCAGCCCUGCAAAGACAUGAGCUCCUGCAAACACCUCCAUCAAGCAGAAGCACAGUGGACUUUUCGCCCUGUUGCUACUGUAAAUCCUGGCUCACCACGACACACAACCCUGUGACAAGUGCCUGUCUUUUUGAGCGCGUUCUUAGUUGGUGGGUCCGUACCUUUAGCCCCUUGAUUUAUUCUUUCCCAAAUGGGCACAGAAGAAUAUUUUUCUCAGAAAAAUGCUAAAUUCUGUGACAGCUUGUGAAGAAACCAACAUUACAGUAAGCAAGCCCAAAUUUUACAUCAGCUGCUGUGUUCAUGUGAGAAUCUUUUGUACUGAGGGUAUGUGGCAAUUAAGUGUGAGACCCAUGUCCUUUCUGAUCAUUUUCUGAAGAUGUAACAGUUACGGUUACAUGCUUUAGUGAAAGGUAUGCCAGUUAAUAGUAUAUGCAAACUUAUUACUAUACACUGCUUUAUCCUCAAAGAGACUGUAGGCAAGCAGUGAUGCAUUUGUUUUGAAUAUAUACUGGCAUACUGCAUUGUGCUUUACUUUCUACUGAGUUUCCUUUUACUUAUUGUUGCAUAUUUUUGAAUGAGGAAUGAAAGUUUGCAUUUUUUUUCCUCCCCGUUAUGAAAUAUUUCUGAUGUCCUGUCUGAAUGCAAUUUGAGCUAUAUAACAGCUCUUUACUCAUACACUGGACUGACAACUCAACCAUUCAAUCCAGUAAAUUAACUCUGCUCUGCUUACUGGCUCCUCAAUGUGUGAAUGUAGUUGGGACCAUAGGUUGGCUCACAUCUCCAGUCUUACCCAGGAAGUUACAAUGAGCAAAAGCUCAACAGUACAGCUGCCCCUGAAUUUAUUUGCCAGUUACAAUAGGUUAUGUAAAAAUGGAUGGAAAAUAAGUAAGUUUAAUACUUUUCUUCACUUUGAGUGAUAUUAAAACUAAUUUAAAUGGGUGCAUGCACUUUAAGCCACCUUUUAGCUUGGCAAAUAAAGGUGAAGUUCACAUCACUGACCAAUUGCUGUACUAAACGCAGUAGUUAAACUAAACUGGAAAAUAGUCAGUUGUUCCUUGAAUAUUUGCACUAGGAGGAGCCAGUAUAGCAAUAAAACAGGUUUAUUUUGUGUAAAGAAAUCCUUUAGUAAUUGAAAUAGAAUGUCUAUUUAUUACUUUAAAUGAUUCUAAUUUAUUUUUGCUGUCAAUACUGAUUAAUACCUGUAGCAUUCCAAGUAGACAAGUGGUUAUGAAAGUAAAACAUGCUGCUCUUAAAUUAUGGAUAUUAGGUAUUUUGCUACAUGUUGCUAAACGUUAUGAACAGCUCAUUUAUAAAACAAGAAGUUUUAAAACAGCAGUAGGGAAUACAUCAGAAUCAACAGUAUGGCUACAUACAAAUACAUCAGAAAAACUGAGUUUUUCAUAGUUUAUCAUAGAACUCUGACAAAACAGCUACGGGUGGUCUUAAGACUUAUGACAUAUGUAACUUGCGACAAUAGCAACCAUCAACCUUAUUACUUUGGAGGCUCAACGCUGAUUUGUUACUCGUAAUGACGACUGCACUACUGCAAU